AUGAAGAAUAAUGAAAUUGAAGAUGAAAAGAGCGUAGCUCUAUCAUCCUUCGGGCAUCUCGAAUCCCAAAAGAUUGUUUUACCCCAGAAUGUUUUCAGAAGCCAGUUCACAUGGAUGUGUUAUCAGAUUUACAAGUCCUUAGCGUUUCGUAUCUGGUUGCUAUUAUGGUUGCCACUUAGUGUUUGGUGGAAAAUGACCACCAAUUGGAUUUACCCGUUUAUUGUUUCGCUUCUUGUCCUGUUUCUAGGGCCAAUAUUUUUACCCGUUAUUCAUGUACUUUCUCGUAAACGUUCUUUAUCUAAGCAACUCACUCAGUUUUCCAAAGAAAUUGCUAAAAAUACACCAGGCACGCACACCCAUGAUUGGGAAGUUAUCGCUAUAAAUCUAAAUUCGUACUUUUAUGAAAUCAAAGCUUGGAAUACUAAGUACUUUUUUUUCAACGCUGCGGACUGCCAAGAAGCGUUCAGAAGAACUCUUCUCGAACCAUUCUCUUUGAAGAAAGACGAAGCUGCCAAAGUUAAGUCAUUUAAAGAUUCCGUUCCUUACAUCGAAGAGGCCUUGCAAGUUUAUUUUACAGAAGUUGAAAAACAGUGGAAGCUGUUCAAUACUGAGAAAGCAAGGAGCCCUGUUGACCUGGAAGACGUGCAGCUCCCCAAGGAAGUUCACCGAUUCAAGCUUACCUGGGUUCUCAAGAGGCUUUUCGAUCCGCGGUUUUUACCGCUGUUCUUUUUUUAUUUUUAUGAUGUCUGCACGUCACGACAUUAUGACCUUAUAUCACGUUUCUUGUCUCCUGUAGUUUGGUCUCUCAUCCUGGUGUGGCUUUUCCGGAACAUGAGGAAUUACUUUUUAUCCAUGAAAAUUGAACACAAGAUGCAGUUUUUGUCAACUAUUAUAAAUGAACAAGAAGGUGGUGCGAAUGGAUGGAAUGAAAUUGCAAAGAAAAUGAAUAGGUACUUGUUUGAAAAAAAAGUCUGGACGAAUGAAGAGUUUUUCUUCGAUGGAAUUGACUGUGAAUGGUUUUUUAGCCACUUCUUCUAUCGCCUUUUAUCAUCAAAGAAACCUAUGCGGUUUGCUUCGUUGAACAUUGAACUAUGGCCAUACAUUAAAGAAGCCCAAUUAUCUCGCAGUGAGGAGCCCUUGGUGUAG